AUGCCCCGAGGAAUUCAGCGAUCUCAACAGGAUCCCGAUAAAUUUCCUACCACCCAACUUUUCUUACUUGCAAUUGUCCGUCUCGCGGAACCUAUUGCCCUCACCUCUAUCUUCCCCUACGCCUGGGCACUCGUAAAGAAAUUCCAAGUCGGCAGCGAAGAUGAUGCAUCCUUCUAUGCGGGCCUUCUUAUCUCAGCCUUUGCGCUGGCGGAAUCCAUGACGGGCAUGUACUGGGGAGGACUAUCUGAUAGAAUUGGACGAAAGCCCGUUUUACUGGUAGGUUGUUGUGGAACAAUGUUGAGCAUGAUUAUGGUUGGAUUUGCAUCAAAUAUAUGGAUUGCGCUUCUUGGCAGAGCUCUUGGAGGCUUCUUGAAUGGAAAUAUAGGUGUCAUUCAGACGAUGGUUGGUGAAAUGGUCACCAAGAAAGAACAUGAGCCUCGAGCAUACUCAGUCAUGCCAUUCGUUUGGAGCAUAGGUACCAUAAUCGGUCCUGCGAUCGGUGGAACAUUCGCUGAUCCCACGACGACUUUUCCCAACAUUUUCUCCGCGGACGGUUUAUUCAACACAUUCCCAUAUUUACUUCCAAAUUUGAUGUGUGCUGGUCUCCUAUUCAUCAGUAUUCUGGCGGGAUACUUUCUCCUUGAAGAAACACAUCCGGACAUGCAACCUCGCGUUUCUCUGCCAGAUGAUACAUACCAUUCGGAAGAGACCCCGUUAAUGGCUACUGCCGAUGCCAUCAAGACUCCUGCUGUCGACUUGCGUGCUGAAACCUACGGAACUUUCGAGGGCAGUGAUGAUAGUGCUUGGCGAAAUACACCCACCAAAUUUGCCCCUCCGAAGAUUUUCGGCAGAAAUGUUGUGGCUUUGAUUAUUGCAUUGGGGAUAUUUACAUACCAUUCAAUGUCAUAUGAUCACUUACUUCCAAUUUUCCUAGAGGAUACGAAGGGUGCUAGGAAUAACAUAUCCGCCAUAUCGAAUGGAUUUAGUUCAUUGAUGAUGCCUGGUGGUCUUGGGCUAUCCGUUCAACAAGUCGGCGUAAUCAUGUCUAUAAACGGCGUUAUUGCACUUUUUGUUCAAGCGGUCAUAUUUCCCUGGGCCGCCGAGUUUUUCGGCACCUAUAGACUCUUCAUUUUAGUUACUGUGCUACAUCCCAUCGCGUACCUUAUGGUACCCUUCCUCGUCUAUCUCCCCCCAUCCUUCUUAUACACCGGUCUCUAUACCGCGCUAUUCGUCCGAAAUCUCCUUUCCAUACUCUUAUACCCCGUUCUUCUAAUCCUCAUCAAAGAAGCGACCCCCUCACCAAAUGUCCUCGGCAAAGUCAAUGGGCUCGCCGCUUCAGCAGGAGCUGCUUGCAGAACUGUAGCUCCACCCGUCUCGGGAUACUUGUAUGCUCUAGGUAGCAAGACCAAUUUCACAUCCAUGGCUUGGAUUGGAAGCGCACUUGUGGCUUCUGUAGGCGCAAUUCAAUGUUUCACGGUUAAGAGAUCGAGAAGAGAUGAUAAUGGAGAGGGAGAGGGAGAGGGCGAGGAGCAUUCCAUUAAUGUCGGUAGACGGGAUAGCAAAAAUAAGAUGGUUCCAGCAAUUACGGUUAUCGAGGUUGAUUCCACCUCUGAAACUAGUUCGGAGUCGGGACACGAGGAGUGA